AUGUCUGCAGAGGAUUCUGUUGAUACCCAGGCAUCCCAAUGGGCCAAGGAGGCCGAAGACGUGGCUGCUGCCAUGGCCCUGACAACAGCCCCGACCCUGAGCCUCGAUGCCUAUGCUGCCACGCAAGUAGUCAGCUCGCCUCCUCCUUCGAACCCCGAGCCAACCUCAACACCUUCGGCAACACCUUCAGAGUCUUCGGACACGAGCCCUCAGAAAUCCUUGGAAGCCGACAAGCAGCACACGAGCCCUGAGAAAUCCUUGGAAGCCGAGAAGCAGCCUGGGAAAGCUCCGGAUCAAGAUGUGAAGCUCACGGACUCUUCCAUGAUGGAGGCGAGGACCAACUAUGCCGAGCACCACGGCCUCCCGAUCGAGCAGGUCUCCGAGGAAAUGGUGAAGGGGCAUGAGAAGGGCCAGGUGUUUUGGGCUACGCUUAAGACAAAUCUCACGGCCAGAGGUGCGGCCGGACAGGCCUUGCAACGGGCAUUAAAACAUCGCCCGGACGUUCGGGAGUUGUACAAUGUCCUCUUGGAUGCCGAAAAGAUCGCCUUCCGAGCCGCCUGGAGCUGUUCGCGAGACUUCGAGUUUGUGACUGUUCGCAGGACAACAACAAACAGCUACAGACGCCGCAAAGAAGACCUCGGGGUUUUCAAAACCCAGCUACAGCUGGAACAGGUCCUGGGCGGAUCGGACAAGCCCGAAGCGGUUCUUCAGGCGAAGAACUACGUGUCCAUGUGCUUGAGGCCCGAUUUGAAGGCAUUCUGCUACAUGUUCAACGACUGGCUGAAGGCCGACACGUUCCUGUGGGUCGAGAGCCUGGUGUCCUCGUCUUCCGAAACGGCUUGGGUGAACGAGGUGACGGUGGAGCAGGACAGCCCCAUCGCGGGUAGCUGGAGUGAGAAGGCUGAGUUUUGCAGAGCGGCCCGAGUGUUUGCUGUAGAGCAGAAGAUUCAGGUGAAGGACGUGACGACGGCCAUGCUUGACAAGACGGCCCUCGGCAUCCGUGGAUACGCAAAACUCUACGAUUCAACCCCGGCCGCCUUCCCCCAGCCCGGCGGCGAUGGCUCCGCAGGCAAGCAGACAUCGCCGGAGAAGCCAGCACCUGCACCGGGUGCUGCAAAAGCCAAGGCUAAGGGCAAAGCUAAGGCUAGCAAAGGCACCGAUGAUCCUAUGGGUUUGACCGAUGCUGGCAAGGCAGCCACAGCUGCCACUGAUGAGCAAGAUGGUGCAAAUCCUGGAGAUGAUCAGCCGGCUUCUAAGAAGCCAAAGAAAGGUGGUGGCAACCCCACCGGCAAGAAGGAGCGGGAAGUGAAAGACUUCUUAGCCCUCGAGGCCGAAAGCGACAACGUGAUGUCGAAGAUCGCAGCCUCUAUGGGUGCCGACCCGUCUGCUUGGACUUGGGCGAAGGAUUUCGCCCAGCAGUACCGCACUUUGAGAACGGAGAUCGUUGCUAUGUACGCCGAUGUCGAGUUUUUUAGUCAAGCCAAGGUCGCGGCACUGAGUGCCAAAGAAACGGCAAAGCUAAAGAAAAUGUACGGGAUGGACUACCACAGCAAACUGUGCCAAUUCUGUUUGCAACUCGGUCCGAAGAUCUCCUCGAUGAGUGAGGUGACAAGCAAGAUCAAGUCUAUGUCCGAUGCUAUGGCUGUGGUUGCGGCUGGCACCCCUUCCAAGUCUACAUCUUCAAAGACCUCGAAGAAGGGCCCGAAAAGACAGGCCUCAACGGCAUCCCUGCCGUCCGUGUGA